AUGAAGCUCUAUAUGAUCAUGUUGAGCAUGCUUUUAUUUGGAACCUUCAACACUAUUCUUAUGAAGAUUCAAAACUCCACACCCAUUAAUCCUGACGACCCAAAAAGUCCUACUUUCAAUCAUCCUUUUGUGCAAUGUGCAAUUAUGUUUGUUGGAGAGUGUUUAUGCUUAAUCCUCUACGGAUUGAAGUUGUUAUAUCAAAACAGACAAAAGAAUAAGAAAGGCUUCGUUCCAUAAUCUCCAGGUACUUAAUAGGCUGAUAUGCUCCAUUUAAAAACACACAUCAACCCGUUAUUACUAGCCAUUCCCGCUGGUUUCGAUAUUGUGGCUUCAACUCUGAUGAAUAUUGCUCUGACUAUGGUAGCUGCUAGUGUUUAUCAAAUGCUCAGAGGUAUGAUUAUCAUCAUUACUGCAGUCAUGGCUAUCAUAUUCCUGAAGAAGAAGCUGUUCAGACAUCACUGGAGUUCAAUAGUUGUCAUCUUCCUUGGAGUGUUUAUGGUUGGUUUAGCUGCUCUAUACUUCAAAACUGAUGAGGAAAAGCAAUAAAGUGCUGGUCAAGAAACAAAGCCAUUAGGUCUUGGCUUACUUUUGCUUGCUCAGUUAUUUACUGGUGGUAUGUUCAUUGUCGAAGAGAAACUGUUAUCUGACUAUUACUUGGAUCCACUGAAAAUUGUGGGUCUUGAAGGAGUCUGGGGUCUUCUCAUGUAUGCAGUCCUCUUACCUAUUUUCAAUAACAUUCCUUGUGAUGUUGAGAACUUAUGCAAUAAUGGAGUACUUGAGAACACUAUUUAGGCAUUCAAAGAUUUUGGUUCUAACCCUAUUCUCAUUUUACUCUCAGUUGGAGUUUGCUUCUCUAUUGCUUGCUUCAACGCCUUUGGUGUGACAGUAACGAAGCAUGCUUCUGCUGCUCAGAGAUCAACCAUCGAUACAUCAAGAACAGUGUUGAUCUGGAUAUUCUUCAUGGCAGUCCCAAUCUAUGGCAAUCACUUAGAGCACUUCAAAGUGCUCUAACUCUUCGGUUUCAUUUUGCUAGUUAUUGGUACUCUAGUUUACAACGAGAUCGUGAUUCUUCCAUUCCUUGGUUUUGAUAAGAACACCAAGGAUGCUAUAAAGAGAAGAGAGAACACUGAAAGCACUGGCUUACUAGACAAUGAUCAAGUUAUUCAAGGUUAUGCAGCCACCUCACCACAUGCUGGCUACGAUUCUUCAAGAAAUGAAAGAAUACUCUAGCACCACAUGAAUAACAUUCAUCAAAACAAUAACUUGAACAAGACUGAAGAGCUCUCAAUCACUGAAGAGUCUGAGAAAUUCACUCGCAAAUGA